AUGCCCAUCACCCUCAAGCGCAAAGCACCAGAUGCUGACCCUUCUCCUCCUCGCUCGACAGCUAUCCCUACCGCCCUCCCUCCCUCAGUUGAGGAGGCCUACCGACGGAAAUGCAUCCAGCUGAAGAACCGCACGAGCGAAGUUGAAGACGCCAACGAUGCCGCACGCCUCCGCCUCGCCCGUAUCAAGCGCCAGGUCGAGAAACUGCGAAUAGAGCGCGCCUUUCUGCUCGAACAGCUCGCGAAGCGUACCAGCGCCAAUUACGCUCCCCCCCUUCCUUCGUUGUCCCCCAAUCUUUCGGCACAAACCCUUACCCUUCGCGUUUGCUUGGCAAAUCCUCCUCUCCGUGAGUUAGCUGCUAACCCCCAGAAGCCCAAGGAUAAGCCCUUGCGUACCAAGCGAGGCCACCGAAAGUCCAUGAUGACCGAUGCCGACGCCAAGGCGACUGGCGGUGCCUCGUUCAACACCCAGAACGCUGGCUCGCCCACGUCCGAGACCUUUUCGCACCCUCCCGAGAGCCAGUCCAAGGGCCCGCGCGCAAACGGUGUUUCCAAGGAAGCCAAGAAACCCGCCGACGCCUUUGAGCUGUACUGCUCCGAGACACGACCCGCCCUCGAAGCUAAGCACAAGGACGGUGACGCCGAAGUCGACGUGGAGAGCGAGCUGGCCCGCGGCUGGAAGGAGCUGCCUGAAGCCGAUAAGGACGAGUUUCAGGCCAGGUUCGAACAGUCACAGGCUAAGAGCUCUGAACCUAAGGAGACGCCUGCCGAGGAUAAGAAGGAGGACGAGGAGGAGGAGAAGCCCGAGGAGACCAAGCCCGCAGCCCAAGACGAGGAUGUCGAGAUGGGCGACGACACCGAGGAUCAGGACACGCAGGCGGGCGAGAAGGCAGGGGAGUGA